AUGAACGCAAAUGGGAGCAAGGUGCGGAGGCGGAUCAAAGUGUUUUGUGUUUUGGCUAUGGAAGGGGUCUGGGGUGUGCGUGAGGAAGUCGAACAAUUGGGGGUGGGAGAAGCAUCCAUCGAGAGGUCGUUGGCGUUGAAGAAAGCGAUAAUGACGAGAUCCGGUAUCCUAUCUCCAGAUCCGCACUUCUGGUUCGCGACGGAGCUGGUGGUUGCGGCGGGAGGAUUAGCGGCGGCGUCGCUGCAGUGCAGAUUUGUGUGUGAUGAUUCUCAGAGGCGAGAAAGGAACAACUAA